GUUUGGGCGCUGCACCGGCGGGCGGCCCGCGGUCCGUCGGCGGCUCCGGCACCCAGGGCGGCGCGGGAGGGAGAGACGAUGAACCUGGAGCGGCUCAGGAAGCGAGUGCGCCACUACAUCGACCAGCAACAGUAUCAAAGUGCCCUGUUUUGGGCUGACAAAGUAGCUUCACUCUCUCAUGAGGAACCACAGGAUAUCUACUGGCUGGCCCAAUGUCUUUACCUAACAGCUCAGUAUCACAGAGCAGCACACGCCCUUCGAUCACGGAAGCUGGAUAAGUUGUAUGAGGCAUGUCGCUACCUUGCAGCUAGAUGUCACUAUGCUGCAAAAGAGCAUCAACAGGCCUUGGAUAUUCUUGAUAUGGAGGAGCCAAUCAACAAAAGACUUUUUGAAAAGUACUUGAAGGAUGAAAGUGGAUUGAAAGAUUCUACCACAGACUGGGAGAUGUCACAGUCCUCAAUCAAGAGUUCUAUAUGCCUUUUACGAGGGAAGAUCUAUGAUGCUUUGGACAAUAGAACCCUGGCAACUUACAGCUACAAAGAGGCCUUGAAGCUGGAUGUUUACUGCUUUGAAGCAUUUGAUCUUUUAACGUCACACCAUAUGCUGACAGCACAAGAAGAAAAAGAACUCCUUGAAUCUCUACCUCUUAAUAGACAAUGUACGGAAGAAGAGCAGGAAUUGCUUCACUUUUUAUUUGAGAAUAAAUUGAAAAAGUAUAAUAAACCCAGUGAAACACUGAUUCCUGAAUCAGUAGAUGGUCUUCAGGAAAACCUGGAUGUGGUAGUAUCCCUAGCAGAAAGGCAUUAUUACAACUGUGACUUCAAAAUGUGUUAUAAGCUUACUUCAGUAGUGAUGGAAAAAGACCCCUUCCAUGCAAAUUGUUUACCUGUACAUAUAGGGACACUUGUGGAGCUUAACAAAGCAAAUGAACUUUUCUAUCUUUCUCACAAACUGGUGGACUUGUACCCAAAUAAUCCUGUGUCAUGGUUUGCAGUAGGAUGCUAUUAUCUUAUGGUUGGCCACAAAAAUGAACAUGCUAGAAGAUAUCUCAGCAAAGCCACUACACUGGAGCGAACCUAUGGCCCUGCAUGGAUAGCAUAUGGACAUUCAUUCGCAGUGGAGAGUGAGCAUGACCAAGCAAUGGCUGCGUACUUCACAGCUGCACAGCUCAUGAAAGGGUGUCAUUUGCCUAUGCUCUAUAUUGGACUGGAAUAUGGUUUGACCAACAACUCCAAGUUGGCUGAACGGUUUUUCAGCCAAGCUUUAAGCAUUGCACCUGAAGAUCCUUUUGUUAUGCAUGAAGUUGGAGUGGUAGCAUUUCAAAAUGGAGACUGGAAAACUGCAGAAAAGUGGUUCCUUGAUGCACUGGAGAAAAUCAAAGCUAUUGGAAAUGAGGUAACAGUUGAUAAGUGGGAGCCUUUAUUGAACAACUUAGGACAUGUCUGCAGAAAACUCAAGAAGUAUGAAGAAGCUCUGGAAUACCAUCGCCAGGCUCUGGUGUUAAUCCCUCAGAAUGCUUCUACUUACUCUGCCAUUGGCUACAUACACAGCCUCAUGGGCAAUUUUGAAAGCGCCAUUGACUAUUUCCACACGGCCCUUGGUCUCAGGCGGGAUGACACAUUUUCGGUCACAAUGCUCGGCCACUGCAUAGAAAUGUACAUUGGUGAUUCUGAAGCCUAUAUUGGAACGGAGAUCAAAGACAAAUUAAGAUGUUAUGACUUUGAUGUACACACAGUGAAGACGUUAAAGAACAUAAUUUCACCUCCCUGGGAUUUCAGAGAAUUCGACAUAGAAAGACAAACUCUGGAUGAAAGUGGCAUAGUAACAUUAGAGACAUCAAAUCAAAGGAAAAGUACAGAUACCAGUCGCCCAUUGGAAGAAACAUUUGAGAUUGAAAUGAAUGAAAGUGAUAUGAUGUUAGAAACAUCAAUGUCAGACCAUAGUACGUGACCAUAAAUACUGGGAGAGAGUUCAUUUUGUCUAAGUGUACUAUGUUUGUUUUAGCAUUUUUGUUAUGGUGUUGUACUUUCAUGAAUUUGCUAUUUUUUUAUAUGAAUUCAAACUAUUAUGUACUUAACACCGGGAGUUUUAUAGUUCCUACUUUAUAAAUAUUCCUUUCCUGAUAGCACUCUUAUGAAUCCCCA